CUGAUAUGGUGGAAGCUGUUCAGUCAGAGAAAAACGCUCCGCUGUGGGAUUUCACGGAAGAUGCUGAAGAAACGGGAGCUGCUGCUUUCCGAGAGACAACCUUCCAGUGAAGAUGAGACCAUGGUCCCAGUACUAACCUCCAGAAAAGCCAGUGAACUCCCUGUCAACGAAGUAGUGUGUGUCCUGCAGGCCGACCUGCAGCUGGGUCUGACCCAGGAGGAGGUGAGCCAGAGGAGGGCCUACCACGGCUGGAAUGAGUUCGACAUCAGUGAGGAGGAGCCGCUAUGGAGGAAAUACAUCUCACAGUUCAAAGACCCUCUCAUCCUGCUGCUGCUGGCGUCUGCCGUCAUCAGCAUCCUCAUGCACCAGUUUGAUGACGCCAUCAGCAUCACUGUGGCCAUCAUCAUAGUGGUGACAGUCGCCUUUGUCCAGGAGUAUCGCUCAGAAAAGUCUCUGGAGGAGCUCGGGAAACUGAUGCCUCCAGAAUGUCACUGUAUCAGGGCGGGAAACCUGGAGCACCUGCUGGCCAGAGAGCUGGUUCCUGGAGACACCGUCUGUCUGUCGGUGGGAGAGAGAGUCCCAGCUGACCUCCGCCUCUUUGAGGCCACCGACCUGUCUGUAGAUGAGUCCAGUCUGACGGGGGAGACCACCCCCUGCUCCAAAUCCACCUCCCACCAGCCGGCGGCCACCAACGGAGACAUCGCGUCCCGCAGCAACAUCGCCUUCAUGGGGACUCUGGUGCGCUGUGGUAAAGCCAAGGGCAUCGUCAUAGGAACUGGAGAAAACUCUGAGUUUGGGGAGGUGUUCAAGAUGAUGCAAGCAGAAGAGGCUCCUAAAACUCCUCUACAGAAGAGCAUGGACCUGCUGGGGAAGCAGCUGUCUCUGUACUCCUUCUGCAUCAUAGGGGUCAUCAUGCUGGUGGGGUGGCUGCAGGGGAAGAGGAUCCUGGACAUGUUCACCAUCGGUGUCAGUCUGGCCGUAGCUGCCAUCCCUGAGGGUCUGCCCAUCGUGGUGACGGUGACGCUGGCGCUUGGCGUGAUGCGCAUGGUGAAGAAAAGAGCCAUCGUCAAGAAGCUGCCCAUCGUAGAAACUCUGGGCUGCUGUAACGUGAUCUGUUCAGACAAGACAGGAACGCUGACCAAGAACGAGAUGACAGUCACUCAGCUGUUCACAUCAGACGGACUCCACGCUGAGGUGACGGGCGUCGGCUACAACAGAGCAGGAGAAGUUUUACUGGACGGAGAAAUCAUCCACGGCUUCUCCUGCCCUUCUAUAAGUAAGAUCGUGGAGGUCGGCUGUGUGUGCAACGACUCAGUGAUCAGGAACCACAAUCUGCUGGGACGACCGACGGAGGGAGCGCUGAUCGCCCUCGCCAUGAAGAUCGGCCUGGAGGGCGUGCAGAAGGAGUACGUCCGUCUGGAGGAGCAUCCCUUCACGUCGGAGCAGAAGUGGAUGGCUGUUCGCUGUGUUCAUCGCACCCAGCAGGACAAGGCGGGCGUUUACUUCAUGAAGGGAGCGUACGAGCAGGUGAUUCGCUUCUGCAGCUCCUACAACAGCAGAGGAGCCGCACUCCCCCUCAGCCACCAGCAGAGGGAGCUGUACCAGCAGCAGAUCAGUUACAUGGGCACUGCGGGGCUGAGAGUGCUGGCCUUCGCCUCCGGCUCAGAGAUAGGGAAGCUGACCUUCCUGGGUCUGGUGGGCAUCAUCGACCCCCCCAGGUCAGGGGUCAAAGAGGCCGUGGCCACGCUCAUCAACUCCGGAGUCGCCAUCAAGAUGAUCACAGGAGACUCCCAGGAGACGGCGGUGUCUAUAGCCAGUCGUCUGGGGCUCUACUCUAAAGGCUGUCAGUGUUUGUCUGGAGAAGAGGUGGAUCAGCUCGACCUGCAGCAGCUCUCACACAUCGUCCCCAGAAUAGCAGUGUUUUAUCGAGCCAGUCCUAGACACAAGCUGAAGAUUGUGAAGUCUCUCCAGAACAUCGGUGCUGUGGUGGCCAUGACAGGUGACGGCGUGAACGAUGCCGUGGCUCUGAAAGCCGCUGACAUCGGCGUGGCCAUGGGCCAGACGGGCACCGACGUCUGCAAAGAGGCGGCUGACAUGAUCCUGGUGGACGACGACUUCCAGACCAUCAUGUCGGCCAUCGAGGAGGGAAAAGGAAUUUAUAACAACAUCAAGAACUUUGUUCGCUUCCAGCUGAGCACGAGUAUCGCAGCACUGACACUCAUCUCCCUGGCGACGCUGAUGAACUUCCCCAACCCGCUGAACGCCAUGCAGAUCCUGUGGAUCAACAUCAUCAUGGAUGGACCCCCGGCUCAGAGUUUGGGGGUGGAGCCUGUCGACCGGGACGUGAUCCGAAAACCUCCUCGUAACGUGAGAGACAGCAUCAUCACCCGCAGCCUGAUCAUCAAGGUCCUGGUGUCGGCUCUCAUCAUCGUCUGUGGGACUCUGUUCGUCUUCUGGAGGGAGUUGCAGGACAACGUGAUCACUCCUCGAGACACCACCAUGACCUUCACCUGCUUCGUCUUCUUCGACAUGUUCAACGCUCUGAGCUCUCGCUCUCAGACUCGGAUGGUCCAUGAGAUGGGGCUGUGCAGUAACAAGACGUUCUGUUACGCCGUCCUGGCGUCCAUCAUGGGUCAGCUCCUCGUCAUCUACUUCCCUCCUCUGCAGAACGUCUUCCAGACGGAGAGCCUCAGCAUCUUUGACCUGCUGUUCCUGGUGAGCCUCACCUCCUCGGUCUGCAUCGUGUCUGAGGCUAUUAAGAAGGUGGAGAGGUGGAGGGGAAUAGAGCGGACCCCGCCCACUGACUGCUUCCAUGAGGUAUGACCCCCCCAUACCCUCCUACACCCCCACUGCCUGGGCUGAAGGAUCUGAGGAAGACGAGGAGGCGGAUGAAGGUGAUGGGAACAUGAUGGUUUUAGGAUCUCACACCUGAUGGCACUGACUAAAGAAGACUGCAAGGACUUGUGGGAUUUUCCUGUGAGAUCCUCAGACGGGGGGAGAGACUCUGGUCUGGGACUGGAGGGCACUCCCGGUGUCGGGGGGAGGGUUGGGGGGCAAGAUAGCGAACUGGACUUUGAUUGAGCUGGGAGGAAGAGAUGGCUGCUGGGAGAUCUCAGCGCCGACGCCUUUUAGCCGGUGCCCCCGCUACACUCAGAGGAGACUCCUGACAGGAGCUUUGGGGAAACCGCCACGGACCGACCACGCCUUCCCGACGCCAACUGGCUCGUUGUUUAGGAUGUACGUUAAGAAAACCCUCUGACCAAUCAAACACUAGAGACGUGUGCAAUUUUCCUCCAGUCGUCUGUUUUAAAUCUGUCCACCACUGUUGUUGCUUCUCAAUGCGCCGGACGACAUGUCGCAGUUUCCAGCACAGGGCGGAGGUGUGACGGUACAAACCAUGAGAGGAAACUGUUCACCUGGUUCCUUUGAUCCUGCUGAAAGUAAAUGUAAAGAUUUAUGCAGUGAAAUAUUUACAUAAUGACAGUCAUUUAAAGAAACAGUGCAGCUUUAAUUUCAUCUUCUCUGCAGCGUUCAACAACAUUAUUUCGGCACCUAAUUUAAAUAUAAAGUUAUUUUCAUCUUUUUUUCAUCUUGCGUUUUUCAAAAGACGCUCCUAAACAUCUGUCUUUAUAAAGUGAAACAUUUGUGACUAAACAGCAACAACUAACGUUCAAGUUUAAAUUUUAAGAGUAAACUUCAUUCAGUGACGGGCUGCGACUCGGUGUCAGACCACACAUUAAAGUAUCUGACACAGUGAUUUUAUGAAAUAACAAAGUUUCCUGUAAAAACAUUUUGAAUUUCUCAAUGAGGAGAAAAUAUCGUACUAAAUAAAAUAAACUAAAUAAAAGCUUAAAGGUUAAUUAUGUUAAGACAGAGCAGCAGUUCAGACCAAAUAAAUAAAUAAUGUAGCGUCACACCUCCACGACGUGCUGGUUCCUGUGGUCCAUGGGCUUCAAGCUUCAUCCUUCACACACUGGUUUAUAUGAACAGAGCUGCUGUUUGAAACUUCCUGACGCUCGUUGUGGACCUGGGUCCAGACACAGACCGUUCAGUGACACCGCUCCUCAUCCUGUGCCUUAGAGAAGUCAUCCAUCGUUUGAAUCACCUCCACCUGAGCGGAGGAGGAAGAAGCCCUUUACUGAUGGAUGGCUUCUCUGCUUCAUCUGCUUCAGCACUUCACUCAGUUUUCAAUCAAUCUCCCCAAGUUUUAUUUUCCAUUUUUAUUUCCUGUCACAUCUCUGUCUCAGAUUUACCUCCACUUUUAAUCAAUAUAAAUAAGUCAUGGUGCUUUGUGGGAAAUGUAGUUUACUUGGCCUUGGUCUUGUUGUUGAAAGUUUUAUUUGUAGAUUUUUUUUUUUUAUUUAUUUCCAAAAGGCACAUUUAGACAUGACCACGGGGGAAGAGGAAAACACCUUCACUCUGCUUCCUGUUUCCAAAAUUCAUUGUUUGAACAAAGACGGUCGUCAUCGUCUUCAACAAUAUAUUUACUGUGUGUCAGUACGAAAUAUCAGAAGACGUACCUGAUGGGAAGCAGCAGCAGAGUCCAGGUGUUCUUUUACUUUCUCCAGGUUUUGAUUUGUAACUUGCAGCUUUUAACUGUAAAAGAUUAAAGAAUUAAACAUGAGAUUUUAUUUCUAAAUGAGCAAAUGUCAGCAGAGAUAUUAGUCUUGUUUUGUAGCUUUUCCAUCUUUCAUUUCUGCUCUGUGAUCUGGAAACACGCUGAUGUUGGUAGACUGACACCCAGCAGGAAAACUGAGGCGCCUUCACACAGUCCCGUAUCACAGACAGAGUAAAGUCCAACAUCAGCUACAGCUCAGAAUCAAACAGACCAGUUAAAUGAGUCCAAGAAAACGAAAGGAGCAACGUGAGUUUAUUUAAAGAGGAUCUUGAGCAGGAGUUCAGACUAAAAACAAAGCUGUGGUGAUUCAGGAACAGGUGAGGCAGGUUUAUCAGACGCCACAACUCAUACAGGAAGUCACAGCCUCAGCUCCUCUGUUUCUGAGCCUAGUUCAACAAAGAGCCUCCACUCCAACGAAUGAGAGACAGACUGUAAAUAAAGAUGGACGUCGCCUCUGUGACGUCACCCACAGAUUUCUAAAGCUCAAAGUGAGCUGCUCCACCGUCGCCAUCUUGGCAUGUCUGACCCCCGCCCCCUAACUCCCAGCUAAUCCAGAAAUGGUCAAAGAAGCAUUCGCUCGCCCACCUGUCACUCAAAGAGGCCACGCCCUCAAUCCUCCAUAACUGUAGUCCUUAAUAAAAUGUAAA